AUGCAAUCUGCGCAGCCCAUGCUUUCGCACUACUGUAACUGCACCUACAACACUCCCGUUACUUACAGCCCUGCCAUUUUCUCUCAGAACAUCUCUUGCGCCCAUUGCGGCUCCAUAUCAACUGGCAUCAACGUUCGAGGAAAAGCAGAAGAGCAAGCGAACAUGCAGCAUGAAGAACUUACACGACUGUUCACUGCUCAGAUGAGCCUUUCCCAGACAGCCACACAGCAACCUGCCCAGGAUGUGCAACAGCUAGAGCCGGCGCCCAAGCAAAUUGUCUACGCUUCUCAACACUACACGCACUCUCACCAUGUUGCUCCGACUCGCCCCGCAUCCGAAGCGCUGGUAAAGACGCACAUUGAGCCCUCGGACCUCAGCGCAAUACUUCUGCGCAACAGUAUUGACCCUGUCCUACUCUUUCCUUCUCAGCUUGAGCUCUUCCAGAACGCAGACGAUGACCAGCGACUGCGUUUACUUGAGCUAUGGCGGAUUUCCCCGCCCGCUGGUCGCCAAGGGUACCCAGACGGUAGUGACUACAACAUGUCAAGACAGUUGUACGAUUGGCCACCUACCUCUCUCGCGCAAGAAGAGGCCAUGGCAAAACUGCGCUACGAACGAAUGGAGCAAGAUUCUGCUCAGCAAUCUUCGCAGCAGUCAGCCGUACAAGAUACGAGUACAAUUGCGUUAGCUGAUUCGCCACAUACGCAGAGUGCAGAACCCUACAUGACGUCGGGCUAUGAGAUGAUGGCAAGGCGCGAAUACGACAAGUCGGCACAUACUGAGGCUCCAUUGAGAGAGUCGAGUACAUACAACAAAGCCACUGAUCCUGUGUACAAUGGAGGCUUAUGGCAGAAGAAUGUUGGAAGCGUGUUGGAUAUGGAGAACCAGUACGGUGCGUAUGCUUAUGCAAGAGAGUAUGGAAUACAGCCGUCUUAUGCCGAUGAAGAAAUGGUCAUGUGA